AGACAUGAAGUGAACAAAUGCUGUCAGAAAAAUAGUGCCAAAACCUUCAAUUUGUAAAAAACAAAAACAUAAGCAAGAAACAAAGCACCAUCUGUGAAGCAUGAUAAAGCCAAGUGCAAUAAAAUGAGGUAUGCCCGUAUUUACUGAGCAAUUACUAUGUGCCAGGCAAUAUUCUCAGAACUGUGGAUUCAAAAUUGAAUAAGACAGGCAAGAUUCCCCCUCUCAUGAAGGUUAAAUGAUAGUGACUUCUCAGCACUGAAAACACAGGUUUUGAGAGGUGAUAUGGCUUGUCCAAGGUCACACCGCUAUUUUGUUACACAGUUAGGACUCACACCCAAGUCUACCUGUCUCCCAGUACAAAGCGCUUUCUCACAGGUGAUGGUCCUAACCUUUCCCUCACCUCCCUCCUGCUUUGUCUCUCCCCAGACUCUGUCCUGCAGGAUGAUGCCAGAGAACUUCACUUGGGCCAGGGGUGCCCCUACGGAGUUCAUCCUCCUGGGCAUCACAGAUCGCUGGGACCUGCACCUGACCCUCAUCCUGAUCUUCCUGCCCGUCUACCUGGUGAGCCUGCUGGGAAAUGUGGGCAUGGUGCUGCUAGUCUACGUGGUCGCCCAGCUCCACACACCCAUGUACUUCUUCCUGGCCAACCUCUCCCUGCUGGAUGCCUGCUAUUCCUCAGCCAUCAGAGCCAAGAUGCUCGUAGACCAGCUGUUGCCCUGCAUCUCCAUCCCUUACGCAGCCUAUGCCCUCCAGAUGUUUUUGUUUACAGGGCUGGCGGAUGCCAAGUGUUGCCUGUUGACAUCCAUGGCCUAUGACUGCGAUGUGGCCAUCGGAAACCCUCUUCUCUACACCACUGCCGUGUCGCGGCAUCUGUGUCUGGUCUUUCUGGCAGCAUCAGGCCUGGGUGGGGCAGUGAGUGCCGUGGUCCACACGACCUUCACCUUCCACCUGAGCUUCUGCGGCUCUCGGGAGGUGAACAGCUUCCUCUGCGAUAUCCCUCCACUGCUGGCCAUCUCCUGCAACGACACCAGUCUCAGUGAACUUCUCCUCUUCGUCGUCUGUGGCUUCAUCCAGACAGCCACCGUGUUGGCUUUCGCCGUGUUCGGGUUCAUUGCCGGAGCCAUGAUCGGCAUGCACUCGGCCAAGGGCCGGUGGCGAGCAGCCUCUACCUGUGGCUCCCACCUCACGGCCGUGGCCAUGCUUUACGGGACAAUCAUUUUCAUGAACCUGUGCCCCAGCUCCAGCUACACCCUGGACACUGACAAGAUGGCAUCUGUGUUCUACACCCUUGUCAUCCCAGCUCUCAACCCGUUCACCUACAGCCUCCGCAACAAAGAGGUCAGGGAGGUGCUCGGAAGGAACUGGAAGCACUGCUGCUGUCCGAGGCCGGCGCACGAGUGCGAGGUCUGAGAGACUGGUUAGGACUGACUCUGAAGAGAUGAGGAGAGCUCUUCCCGGGCCCGGUCACUGUGGGUAAAGGUGGAGGUUCCUCUGGCUGGGUGUCUCUUGUCAUUGUUUGAGGGGGAGAAAAGGGGAGAAACUGAAGCUUACAGACAGGAGACAGGAACCUGGAGUAAUCUAGCCCCAGCGCCAGAAUCAAGAUCAAGUUAAUUGGCUGUUGAGAUGCCUUGGGUUCCUCGAUGUUCAGAACGUGGAAGUUCCUGCAUGUCACCAGGUGCAGUAACUAAGUUUAUUUGCCACUUGAACUUCUAAGAGGAUGAUUCCCAGAAACACCAGAUAGGAGCCGUAUUGGCUGCAAGUGUUUCUAGAUUCUUGCUCUUCUGAG